AUCCUUCACCCUUUGCCUCUAAUCGCAAUCUCCGAUUACGUGGUGAGACACACCUUGCGGGCGCAACCAGGUCCAAUUGUUGGCGCUUUGUUUGGCCAGCAGAAUGGUCGUGAGAUCAGCAUCGAGUUCGCAUACGAGGUCAAGACGGUGCCUGGAGAUCGUAAUGAUGACUUCAAACUAGACUUGCACUGGUUUGACACUCGCCUAGAACAGAUGAGAGCUGUUCACAAGGAUCGCGAGCUCGACUUGGUGGGUUGGUACACUCUGCUGCCUCGAAGCGGCCCCGGCCCCAAUGUGUUACCCAUUCACAACCAAAUUCUCGAGCGUAACGAGUCUGCCAUUUUGCUUGGUUUCCACACCGAAGAGCUUACUGAGGAGUCUGCCGGUGGGACGCUUCCCGUAACGCUGUAUGAGACGAAUUACGAGGUUGAGGGCGGCAACAAGGAAGCCCAAGAUGAUGGCGAGGACAAGGAGAUGAAGGACGGCGAUGCGCAGCCCAGGCUCAAGUUUCGGGAAAUCCCUUUUGUGGUGGAGACCGGCGAGGACGAGAUGAUCAGUAUGAGCUCGGUUGCAGGAGGUGCAACAAAUGCUGCAUCUGCCCAGACCCGCGACCAGAAAAAGGAGGUUGAUGUCAAGGGCAAGGGCAAGCAGCCUUCCGCAGAGACCGAGAAGGUCGACCCCAACACCGUGGCUUUGUCAAAAGAAGACGAGGAUAUGAUCGCCGCUUUGAUGACCAAGGGCAACGCGAUCAAGAUGCUCAAGUCCCGAAUCGACCUCAUCAUCAAGUACCUGCAAAAGCUCCCGCCUCCUUACAUGGCCGAAGUUGAGGCGGAAGCCAAUGCAAGCGGCGGCGGCUCCACUGAGCCCUCACAGACGCUUUUGAGGCUCAUUCAAGCUCUGGUCCACCGCCUCAGCCUCGUUGAGCCCGCCGAUGCCGAGGAAUUCAAGACAGAAAUGCUACGUGAGGAGAACGAUGUCGCCACCGUCAAACUUCUCAACGAGCUUAUGGGCCGGGUUGGCGAAACACGCGAUAUUGGUAAGAAAUUCUCGGCUAUCGAGACUGGCAAGACUUCUCAGAAGCACAACACUAUU